GGUCCCUUAGCGGCUCAGGGCUUGCCCGCGUCACCCGGCUUCACGUAGCAGGUCACCGACUUACACACACAGACACACAGCACGACUAUCAUCAUCUACUUACUGCUUAAACACCACCACGACAACCACGACGACCACGACGACACUUCACCCGGCGUCAUUUACAAGCAAUUCUGUUCGACCACGAUGCUGUCCAGUCUUUUCGGAAAGAGAAACAAAGAACCGACCAGCAUUGCUCCUGCAACCACAGAGAAGGAAGAUGGAGGCUUCGUGCUCCUGGGAGAUGCAUCAGCUGCUGCGGUAUCUGCAGGACAGGCAAUGCCUGCACAUUUGUACCCGCCUCCCUUGUAUGCUGCUCAGCCGGGGCAGGCGGCAACGGGAGGCUCAACGGCCGCCGCCGGCGGCGGCCCUGCCCAACAGAGCGGCGAGGCCGCCCACCCGCUGAGCUGGCUGCACGGAGUUCCCUUCUCGCUGGCGCCACGCUACCAGCUGGGCCGGCAGGGGCAGCAGGACCCGCCGUCCUCCGUCUUCGUGCAGCUGAGCCAAGCCGACGAGAGCCUCAAGAGCUACGCGUACGACUUCGCUCUGGAGCGCUCGGUGCUGUGCUCCUCGUAGUGCCCGCCUGCGCCGCUCCUGCUCGUGCUGGUUGUUGCCGGCGUUGUUGUCGUGGUGGUGGGUCACCUCGCCCUCCCCCCCAACCUCCUCCCCCCCCCUCAGUGUGCCCUUACACUUACACAAACUCUGUUGCCCGCAUGUACUGUACUAAGCAACGUCGUUUCAUUCAUUUAUUUGGAAAUGCCACACCGAGUCUCAAGACUUGUCAGUAGAAAGGUAUUGGGCUUAUGCAUGUGUAAGUAACAACCUGCCAUUCAGUAGAGGUUGAAGUAACAGUCGGAGAUCUGCACGGCCACGUUCGCAAACGCAUCUGCUGUACUGCCUUGCCACUUCGUGGUCCGGUGGGUUUUAGAUUUUCACAAAUCUGCCCGAGUCACAAACUAAAUAAGCAUAGCUGAGUGUGCUAUACUUCAUCAAGGAGCAUAAACCAUCAUGCAAACUCCGGUCAUCCUCACAGCAGCGGCUUUUGGAUAACGGUCAAACAAAAGGCGGUCGCUACAUCGCGCGCUUUCGGAUGCGCUUCUGCGGCCGUCUGGAACGCUCUUCCUUUCCGAUAUUAGGAAGCCACUGUAGCUGUGCACUUUAAAAUCGUCUAAAUUGAAAACGAAUUUUUGUAGAGCUGCUUUUUGUGUUAGGUUUGUUGUGCUUCCCCUGCACCUCCGAUGAGCACGAUCGGCAAUGUACGGUGUGAAAGAAAUUCUACGUACACGCAUGCAUACGACUAUACUCCAUUCUGUGUCCAUCCCCAGGCGCCCCUGUGCCUCCACACGAGUCUGACAUCCCCUGGAUUAGAGUUGAAGCAAUUAGUCGUAUUGACCGUUGGAUCGAUCUUGUAGCUACACUUUCCAACCUGCAGUUGUUUGGUCAUGUCGACGGCAGUACCUUUGUGCCGCCGUAUAAUUUGUGACCGUUUUUUUUUGUGAACACCUAAUUAAGGCGUUGCAGAGCCAUCAAUUACGUGGUUUAUUUCGUUUAGAUUGGCGGCUAAAUCCUUGGAAGAGGAAAUCACACACGCUGUCACAGAGGUCUUUAUUCAAAUGUUUAUAUGCUGUUUACUCUCUCUGAACAUGACACUUGCUGAUCUGUGUUUUGGUAAUGUGGCUUGUUCUCUUUCUCUAACCGUUGAAAUGUAUUCUGGUACAUGCGCGCCUAUGGGCCAACGUGUACGCAGGAAGUGCACAGUACUUUAUUUACCUCAGCUCAGAAUUGGUUUGUGAACUCUUUCGCAACCCGCUAAGCAAAGACGCGGACAAUCGUGGGUCUUGCCUCACCGUGCCGACAGCAUCUUCCACAAAGCACGCAGCUCCGAGUGAUCGCCGGUGAACUUGAGCCGCCGCUAUUGUUGGCACGAGCCUGUGGCCUCGGCCAGCCGCAGUCGGACGGACGAUGGGUCGCCUUCAAAUCGUGAGUCACAGGAUGCAGCAUCCAGACCCUGUGCUAAGUUCUAACGAGACAGCAAGUGGUACCGACUCUUCGACAAUCACCCAACCGCCAACAGCUACACAAUGGGGCACCAUCAUUGGCUGGUUAAUAGUGGGUAAGUGAGGCAUUGUGAGGUUAGGCUGACCUAUAACCCACAGUGAGUCUUAACUCCCUUCUCUGCUUUUGGCCAUCACACGGCAGAUGACAGUGAGGGUGGAUGCACUGCUUCCACUCCUAUGGUCAUGGCAAUCGCUUCCUGUAGCCCGCUGUAGGUGGUUCAACUUUCAAGUUUAUUUUGUUUAACCAGGUGAGAACUCACCGAGGCCAGGAUAUCCUCUCAUGCGCAAGAGUGACCGGGGAGGGGAGAUGGGGGGGGGGGUCACCAAAAUGAUAAAAGCAAACCAAAUAAAAUCAAUUACAGCAAUGGAGCCUAUAGAAAUGGGAGCAAAAAAAGCUGUGCCACGUGAGAAAUCGAUAAUAUUGCACAAACACAAAUCGACAUCAAUACAAUCACUGUAGCUUACGUCAGUUUGGGCAGAUUAUUUUUCGACUGAUCGUAAUACUGUACAAUUAUAAUUGAGUUGCAUAUAUAUAGUGACUUGUAUAAUGUGUAAACGGACAAGGUUGCCCGUGUACAAUGGAGGUCUUUUUUUUUUUGGCCCGAGGUGGCUUAUUCAAGGAAUUUGUUAAGUUCACGGUGCCGUUCCCCUGCGAGGCACGUCGCUAUGUGUCCGGUAUUCCUUAGCCAUAGAGCGGUGCUUGGCAAUUGAAUACAGUUGUAGUAACUAGGUCAAGCAUUUGCAAUACUUUGCACUAAAGAUACUGGUGGGGUUUUCUUUUUAAUGGCCAUUGUUUGCAACGUAGAAAGUGAGCUGCGAUGCACAUUAGACGUGGCCUCUGUCUGCCAACAAUAGCACGUUUGUUUGUUACGUAGGCUAGAAAAUGAAAACGACUUUUCCGUGAACCUUUAAUUGAAAACAAAGGAAUAAAAAAUGUUAAUCUGUUUAUUGGUGUGGUGGAACUGCUCGGUAGCACUAAGUUGUUGUUGUUUUUUUUGUAACGGAAGGGCACGUGUGGAUAAUUUCAAGGCCCAUUACGCUGCGCAGCGAAAACGUAGCGUCCCAGCGUCGGCAGGCAGGCAGGCAGGAGCUCGGCCAAUUCGUGGUGCGUGCAGCGACUUGGCGAGAGACUGGGUGGUGGGUAGUGGCGGGCGUCAGUCAAGGGAUGCGGAGUCCCUUAAUUUGAGCACUGGUUUAAUUUGAUGGGAAGUAAUGGGAGCUCGCGGUGCUGGCUCCGGCUGCGGGGAUGUUCGUCCGUCAUUAUCGGCUUGGUUAGAGACUUGGCGUUUUCAUUCAGGCGUGAAACGGUGCACGGGCAAUUCUGUGAUUGGAUGAGGUGUGCGAUGAUUUGAUUCGGUAAUCGAAUCGCUUUUAGUUUGUUCUCAACGCGCCGUCUCAUUUGUAUGGGCUCCCACUGUCUCUCAUGUGCACCGUCGGUUUUUCCGGUACUUUUGAAUGUUGUGUUGUCUCGUCGGGGCUGUCUGAAUCAUUCCAUUAAAGAAAUUAUAAAAAAUGUAUAAUUUGAAAAUAUUCUAUGCUUAUUCGUAUGAUUCAAAGAAUGUAUUGAGUGUAAGCAUUAGUAUUCAAUGAUUAACCAUUGCAGGCCCACUGAAAAUGAGCUUGCGUACAUUUCCAAAUGGAAUGAUCUGGACAAUUGGUUAUCGAGUAGUUGUAUAAUAAUGUUUUGCCUGGGUCAUUAUUUAAAAGUCAGCAUAGUGGUGCUUACUGUUAAUGUCAUGGUUACGCUAUUGCCAAUUAUGCACAUAAUUAG